AUGACUUGGAUUCUCGGAGAUUUGAUUCUGUCGUUCGGCUUUUUCAAGGUCAUGGGCGCAGGUAUGGGGAUUAACGACCCUGAAACAGUCGGCUUCUCCCUGUUCCCUCCUCCGGCUCGUGUGGAACCGCUCGAGUGCAUCGCCAGUAACAACCUGCUAAACAUCGGUACUUGUUACAACCAGCAGGCGUGUAGCGAUGCCGGGGGCGUGGCUUCGGGCAAGUGUAGCACUGGAGGCGUCUGCUGCGUCGUCCCGGCGGUGUGUGGCGGGAUAGUCGCCCGAAACAGGACUUGGUUCGUCAACAAAGAUUUUCCCAAAAAGUCUCGUGAUGCGGGAGACUGCGUUAUCACGAUCAAAAAGUUCGCGAAAAGGGUGAAGCAAGUGCGCCUGGACUUCCAAGCGCUGCAGCUGGAGAGCCCGAGACUCGGCCGUUGCUUGAGUGACUCCCUGAUGGUGCGCAGGAGUGCUAAGGGGCGGAGCGAAGUGGAGGUCGUGCCGUCCCUCUGCGGAGACAACACGGGGCAGCAUGUGUACGUGGACGUCGGCGAGGAGGAGAGCGAGGUGAAGGUGCACGUGAGGCUGCAACAGACGCUGGGCAGGAACAACCCGGACCGAGAGUGGCGCAUUCUGGUGACACAGGUCGAUGAGAGUAAUAAAGCACCUGAGGGUUGUCUGCAGUACCACCGCAAGAUGUCCUCCCGCGUCCGGUCCCUGAACUACGACGACAACUUUGCAGACAGUCUCAACUACGACAUCUGUUUCGACAAGUUGGAAAGGGCGAAGAGCGCCGAGGACACCUGCACGAGAAAAGUCACAAACCUGGAGGUCACACAGCCCUCGGGAACCUAUCGCCAGUUGGACUUGAGUCGCACAAGGAGGAGCUCGAAAUCGCGAGAGUUGACCGACCGAGCGCCGCCAGCUCAGUCUACCACUGCCGGCCAAGGGGACGUCAGCAGUGCCUUCUCUGAUGUCAUCAGCCUGGUCUCUAAGACGGUGGAAGAGCUGCGCAGCGAAGCUGGCAAGAACGGGGGCAGCAACGCCGAAAUCAAGGACAAGAAUUCUCUGCCGUUCCUCCUCGCGCAGCUGACAGCAGAUGCUCAGGAUGCUACGACGCUCAAGGUCGAGUCCAGCGACCAGAGCCCAACGACGGCCAAGGCCGACGAAGAGGCAGCGGCGGCCACGGAGAGCGUGCCCGAGGUGCUUCCGAUCCUCUACUCCGAGGGAAACGAGGGCGUCAUCAGCCAGAUCCAGCAGGUGGUUCAGCAGCUGCAGCAAGAACAGUUAGGGGUCGCGGCCAUGACAGGGGAUGCCGACUCUGUGAUCCUCUCUUCCGAGGAGCCGAAGUCUCCCGCAGGGGCGCCACAGGCGGAGGGAGGAGUAAAGCAACCCGAGAAGGAGCAAGCCGAAGCAGAGAUCCAAGCCUCGGUCGACAGCAUCUCCAACCUCGUCGGAAACAUCUUGGGCACGAAUGGCAUCGCGCCCACGACCAGCUCGCCCGAACCGGUGACGGACAACCUCGCCGUCGAGGGCUUGGUUUCCGAGACGGUGCUGACGCCCAGCGGCUCCCUGGUCAGGAUUCCUCAGGAUCGAGUUCAGGAUGAUCGCGCGGACCAGGCGUCCUCUGCGCCGGCCAGUGACAUGCUCGGCUUCGGUGGGGAUGCGAGCAGCGUGGACAUGAUGCUGGAGAUGAUGAAGGAUCAGUUCCUCUCAGAGUACCUUGGGAACGACAGCCCCGCGGAAGGAGGCGCAGACCAAGGCGCUGCCGAUGCCCAGAAAUCGAAUGCAGACACGACUAGGGCCCAGGAAACGCCCCAGAGCGGUGGUGCCAAGACCUCGGGCAGCACCCAGGCGGAGAUCACAGUGCUCGACCCGGAGGCCGUGCAGCACCUGGGGGGCCUCGUCCUCAUCGACCGCUCUGGAGGCGACGCAGCCAAGGACGAAGAGGAGGCGAUGGCCAGAACGGAACCCACGGCGGUGACUGACGGACUGACAGCAGCCACAUCCUCGUCAGCGCCUUCGACAACUGCUGCCAAACCUACAACUACAACAUCAACCACCACACCAUCUACAGAACCUACAACAACAACUUCUACAACUACCACAACUCCUGCAACUACCACAACUUCUACAACAACGCCUGCAACUACCACAUCUACAACAACGCCAGCAACUACCACAACUUCUACAACAACUACCACAACUCCUGAAACUACCACGACAUCUACAACUCCUGCAACUACCACAACUUCUACAACAACUCCUGCAACUACCACAACUUCUACAACAACUCCUGCAACUACCACAACUUCUACAACAACUCCUGCAACUACCACAACUUCUACAACAACUCCUGCAACUACCACAACGCCAGCAACUACCACGACAUCUACAACAACGCCUGCAACUACCACGACAUCUACAACAACUCCUGCAACUACCACGACAUCUACAACAACGCCUGCAACUACCACGACAUCUACAACAACUCCUGCAACUACCACGACAUCUACAACAACGCCUGCAACUACCACGACAUCUACAACAACUCCUGCAACUACCACGACAUCUACAACAACUCCUGCAACUACCACGACAUCUACAACAACGCCUGCAACUACCACGACAUCUACAACAACGCCUGCAACUACCACGACAUCUACAACAACUCCUGCAACUACCACGACAUCUACAACAACUCCUGCAACUACCACGACAUCUACAACAACGCCUGCAACUACCACGACAUCUACAACUCCUGCAACUACCACAACGCCUGCAACUACCACGACAUCUACAACAACGCCUGCAACUACCACGACAUCUACAACAACUCCUGCAACUACCACAUCUUCAACAACGCCUGCAACUACCACAUCUUCAACAACGCCAGCUACUACCACAACUUCUACAACCCCUGCAACUACCACGACAUCUACCACAACGCCUGCAACUACCACAACAUCUACAACUCCAGCAACUACAACAUCUGCAACUACAACCCCUGCAACUACCACAACAUCUACAACUCCAGCAACUACAACAUCUGCAACUACAACCACGCCUGCAACUACCACCACAUCUGCAACCACAACCACCUCUUCUACAACAGCUACUCCGCAGACAGCCGCCCCCCCAGCUGCCUCCGGGCCGACCUCCGCGAGCCCCCAGGAGGAGAGUGGCUCGCAGGUCGAGUGGCUCAUCCUCAGCGACGACGAUCCUGCUCCGAGCGAAGGCGUCGCCGCGCCCCUCAUCCCCCCGGAGGUCGUCAUCAGUUCCGGCAUCGGGUUCGGUUCUAACAACAAGAACAACAAGGACAAGGACAAGGACAAGAACGACGCCUCUUCGGGAACUCGAGUGGAAGACGUGGGCAGUCUUGCCUCGGAUGACGUCGUGAGCGUCGUCGAGGUGGUGAUGCCCACGGGUGACGGUGCUGCAGCGGGUUCUGAUGACGGCGCGGUGGAAGACGACCAAGUCAUGUCAGUCAUGGAGGUCAUCAUGCCGGGGGCCGCAGGGAGUGUCGCUGAGGAGGGAAGCGACUCGGCUGGAACGACGACUGCUGAGGAGAACGCCGCGGAGAACACCCUCAAAGACGCAGCUGCAAUGGAGGAAGAAAUUGGCGUGGAAACGGACAGUGUCUCCUCCGUCGUUGAAGUCAUUAUGCCAGGAGAAGAAGAAACAAACGUCGGUGAUCAGAACGGUGUAGAGUCUGCAGAUGUAGUGGGUGUCGUAGAAGUCAUCAUGCCCACAGACGGCGACAAAACACCAGUGGACGUCGUACCUGAGGCCGUUGACGAUGCCCCAGUUACAGAAGCCAUCGAAGCGGCCACUGAACCAAGCAAGGAAACGGAGGCUGAAGGUGACAAACCGACCGUUGCCGAGGAACCUGAAAGUAACAACCAGGAAACAGAAGCAGAGGAGGAAGUGAUCGAUCUGACGCCCGAGGAGGAAUGCGGAGGAGCCUUCCUUAAAGUGCGUGAGAAUAUCAUCUGCGGAAGUCGGCUUCGAGGCGAAAACGUAUUCAAGGACGAAAAUAUAGAGGAUGAACGCUUCAAGGACGUCGAGAGGGUGUCGAUUCGCACCAUGGAUAAUGCCUCGCGUCGCCUCCGCUUCGCUUUCGACUACGAGACCGACUGCCCUGUGCCCAAGACGACGACGCCUAAGCCCCCGGUUCGCAAGACGGUGACGCUGCUGCAGUACCUCCUCGGCUGGUAUCGGUAGGGGUCGGAACAGGAGCAGGCGACGCACGCAGGUUCUUCAGCAAGGACGUGGACAAUGCAUCUCUUGGCCUGGAUUUACUGACAGUUAAUCAAGCCUGUUGAUUUUGAUUUUUUAAAUCGUUGCGAACGUGUUGAGAAAUGUUGAAAUGUGUAAAAGUGUACAUACCUUUUUUUGGGCGAGUGAGUGUUGUGUUUGAGUUUAAGAGCAUUUUUACGGAGAAUUUAUAUUAUUAAUUAACUACCAUUGACUCGUUGAUUUAUUGCAUAAUGAAAAUUAUGCAGUUUUGAACAAAGUUCACCGUGACAGAUGUAGAGAAUUUUAGAAUGAAUAACACGAUCUAUUGACGUGUUUCAAUUUAAUGUUCAUCGGGUUUCCAUUUUAGAUGAAGAUUGAAACAUGUCGAUUACGUUAAAUUCACUGCGAAGUUAUUCAUUCUGUAUAUUUUUUUAUGCAUAUUUUCUGUCCGUAUCACAUUUUUAAAGUGUAAACAACACUCAUAGUGAGUGUAUAUAAAAUUCUUUAACAGAAAUUCGACGUGAAAUCACAAAAAGCUCUAAACUGAGUAGCUUGCGUAACUGCUGUUUAGUUUUAGUGUAAUGUACAGUAUUUAUUGUCUUCGCGUAUUUAUUUAUCAAAACCCUUAAUUUAUAAAUUUUCUCCUAUUUAUAAACCAAACCCAAUGAAAAAUAUUACUGCAUAUUAAUUACUGAAUAAUGGCAAAUGUUUUUAUAUUUUUUCUAAAACAAUCCAUUAUUUACUCUAAAUUUAAUUUAUACCAAAUAUACAUUUUGGUAUUUUAUAUUCUCAUUUAUUUCUAUUUACGAGAGGACAGAAAUUCGGGAUUCAUAAAAAACGGGAAUAUUGUAAAUAUCUUUUUUACUUGUUGAUUUUUUUUCUCUUUUGUAUCUCUCCUUUAUCAUGUGGUAAUAUUUAUUUCAGGAAUUCUUUGAAAGUUGGGCAUUUUUUACUUUCAGACAACUGAUGCCAUAAUAUGAAAUAUUAAUUGCACCAGUAAUGCAGUUUUUAAAGUUAUGGUUUGUCACAAUCUUUAAGGUUUGUGAGGAAUUCUGAAAGACUCAAGCUUCUGUUUAAU